GUUUUCCUGAAAUUCAAAACCGAUGGCACCGGCAAGUUCCUGGACCUGACCGGGCUGCCGAGUGUGACCGAGCCGCAUGACUUCGGUCUGUGGGGCUCGCCGGCGCACCCGGACGGCCUGGAGCGCUUCCGGGACCUGUGCAUCCUGUCCGGGUGUGAUUACCUGCAGAACAUCAAGAACUUCGGCAUCAGCAAGGCGUAUGCCCAGCUGAACCGCCUCGGCUCGGCGGAGAAGGUGUUCCUGCAUAACCGAAGCAUCUUCCCGGCGGCGUACCAGCAGGAAUUCCGCCGGGCGGCCACCUGCUUCCAGAUGCAGCGGGUGUGGGACGUCCGGCGGCGCUGUUUGCGGUACCUGGGCCAGGACCCGGUGACCGGGGACGAGCGUGCGGCGCUGGCUGCGCAGCAUCGAGACCGGCGGCAUCGCCAGGGGGCCGGGCCCGAGCCCGGGGCCCGGGACUCGGCCCUCCGGGCGCCGGGGCCCGCGUCCAGUCUGGCGGCCGAGUGCGGCCGCUUCCUGCUGGACCGCCAGGGCGGCCGGCCCGCCGGCGAUGCCUGCCCCUGUGGCAGUCGUCUGUCGGGAACGCCUCCCCUUCAGGAGGAGCCGUGCUGCGAUUUGCCGGAGUCCUUGGCUCUUUGGCAGCGUGAGCGCCUUCAUGCUGGCCUGUCGGAGGAGGACGAUUUUUACAUUGGCCCGUCCCUGCCCGACUCGAUUGUCGAGCAAAUUGUUCUGGGCAAUGUCGAUCCCAUCACGUUCGCUGUGAUUGAUGACUACUUCCCCUUUACUUCAGUGCGUCUGCCGGUGGUGCCAGCGGCGGCUGGCUUCCGUCGCAUGUGCACGCGCGAGCGCACCCAUACGACAAUGGGCAUCAAGGGCCUUCUGCCGAAACUCCGGGCACUGGAGCGCGAUGUGCACCUGAGGCAGUUCCACGGCCAGCGUGUGGGCGUCGACACGUAUGGCUGGCUGCACCGCGGGGCAUUCGCCUGCAGUGAGCAGCUCCUGUCCGGCGGGUCGCCGCGCGGCAUGGUGGACUACUGCACCACGCGGCUGGACAUGCUGCUGGAGGCUGGCCUGCGGCCGGUCUUCGUGUUCGAUGGGGCCCCUCUGCCGGCCAAGCGCCUGACGGAGGAGUCACGCGCACAGGCCCGGCAGCAAAAGCACGACAACUACCACGAGCUGAAGGCGGUCGACCCGACGGAGGCACGUCGGCACAUCAGCGGGGCCAUCGACAUCACGCCGCAGCUGGCCUUCCACUUCAUCCAGGUGCUGCGCGCGCGGCGCAUCCCCUAUGUGGUGGCCCCGUAUGAGGCCGACGCCCAGCUGGCGUACCUCUACCGCGAGGGCAUUGUGGACUUCGUCCUGACUGAGGACUCGGUUCUCCUGACCUUCGGGUGUCUGAAG